UUCGAUUUACCAACAUGGCGGUGUAAACAAAAACAUGUGGACUCCUGUCUUGCUGCCAACCUGAUAAAUUGUACAGAAAUAAGACAGUCAGACACACGGAUUCUUAAUCAAGAUGUUGACAUAAUGUCAAAAAGGAGCACAUUGCAGGACAAUUUGUUGGUAGACUGGGAAAUCUUUUGCCCUAUAGGACCAAAACUUGCAUUUCAUGUUGCCUGUGUGUUGGGAAAUUAUCUAUAUGUUCAUGGAGGGAUUGAGGAGAGAUACAGUACUCAGCCCUGCAGUAAAAUCUUCAAGCUGAAUCUGGAUACCAUGAUAUGGAACGAAGUCCGAGUGGAAAACAGUCCAGCUCUUAGUCAUCAUGCUUGUAUCCCAAUGGCUGAGAGGUACAUGGUUCUGAUUGGUGGUUGGAAUGGAAAAACCAGAACAUCAGCUGUGGUGAUUUUUGAUGCAGAAAAACAGGAGUGGAUCUACCCCAGAGUGACGGGGUUUCCAGACGAUGCCGGACUGAGUUCUCACACGGCCUCACUUCUGAGGGAUGGGAGUAUAAUAGUGAUAGGAAGGGAGGGAACUCUCCGUAUGCAGCCAGGCAAGGAAUACACGGGCAAUGUGUACAUGUUAAAGGGAAGUCCAGAAUCCAAUGAGUUCCAUUUUGAAGAAUACAGCCGAUUCACUGAAUCAAGGUCUGGACAUACAACAAGUUUCAUUGGCCCUACUCUAUACAUAAUUGGAGGAAGAAGUGAUCAAUUGCUAGAAGUACAUAAAGGCUACAGGAGUGGACAUCCCAAAAAUAAUUUAAUGGAGAAAAUCAUCACAAUCACAAAAUCCUUACCGCCAUUGUCAAAAAUGCCAGGAGGUCGCAAGUAUCACAUUGCUGUAGAAGGUUCAUCAACCAUUCUUCUCCAUGGUGGGGAAACUUUCAGAGGUCAGAAUUCGGAGCCCGUGGGAGACAUUCUACUGAUGACCAAUAAACCUAACAUUAAUUUCUACAAAGUGGGGACCAGCAGAGUGGUGAGGGCCGGCCAUGCUUGCUGCAUCUCCCAGGACAAAAUCCUGUUUCACGGAGGCUUCAGUGGCAAGGAACUCAUUCAUGGGGACACUAGAGAACUGAGGAUCCUCUGAUAAAAAAAAAUUGUAAUCUGAUGUGAUGAUUUUAUGAUCUGAUGUGAUGAUUUGGCCAGUGGUUUUUAUUUGUUUUUGAUUGUUACAUUGUUGCUUUUCUUGAAAAGUUUAGUGGGUUUGUUGGUAUUUUUAGAAUCUGGUUGCUAAAUUGAAUAUUUUGAAUACUUUGACGUGCAUUAUUUUGUAAAACUGUUUACCCUUUGCCAAAUUGUUUCAGCCAAUUUUACUACCAUUAUGGUUGCUUCUUAAGAUUUUCAUUUGAUGAUAAAGUUUAUAUUUAAUGACUUUCUUAGUGCCAAGAUUAAAUUACAAUUCAUGCUUUCCAUUUGUUACAUGGAACAUGUAAAGCAUAUGAACAUAUAUAGCAUAUAUUACCUUAUAUAAAAGGAGCACUAUUCCCAUAUGAGUUGUGAGUGGUGAACAUUUUAUGGGGGAGGGUGUUUACUUCAACUUCAGCUGAGGGUGUGAGAGAUGUCCCCUUUGAGUAUAUAUUUAUGCUCCAUUAUGUGCCAUGUAAUGCAAACUCCUCGCAAUUUAUGUUGUUUUUUUUUUUUUUACAUACUAAUGUGAUCUCAUAGCUGCAAUGAUUGUGCCUCAAUAUGGAUUUGUGAUACAUAUGUGUACUAAUUUUUUAAUGAAGUUUCUGUGAUAAUAGUUUUACAAUGUACAUGUAAUAUGAAAUCAUCUUUAAUGGCUUAUCAUUUUACAUAUGCGUUAUGAUUCAGUUCUUUAAAAAUUCAAUUUGAAGUGGCCAAGUGCUUAAUGUAGUUUGUUAUGUAUAAUCUGUAUCAGAAAUUAGGGAAAUAAGUAAUAUGUAAAGGAUUAAAAGAAAUAUGUAAAUUUUUGCUAGUUUAACAAACUUAGUUAAUAAAACUUUUUGUUUUAUAUUUGAUAUAGAAAUAAAUAAAUUAUGCAUUAA